AUGCCGCCUCAAAUAAAACAAGACCUGAAUCGAUCAGGCUGGGAGUCAACUGACUUUCCAUCCGUAUGCGAGAAUUGUCUACCGCCGAAUCCAUAUGUUAAGAUGUUAAAGGAGGACUACGGUGCCGAAUGCAAGAUCUGUACGCGACCUUAUACCAUCUUCUCUUGGGCAGCCGACCGUGCCCACGGCCGCAAGAAACGCACAAACGUGUGUCUUACAUGUGCACGCAUGAAAAACUGCUGUCAAUGCUGCAUGCUCGACUUACAGUUUGGUCUACCCAUUCAACUUCGUGAUGCCGCCCUUAAAAUGGUUGCACCUGGACCCCAGAGCGAAGUCAACCGCGAAUACUUCGCGCAGAACAACGAGAAGGCUCUUGAAGAGGGAAGAGGUACCGAGGAAUAUGAGAAAACAGACGAGAAGGCGCGCGAGCUAUUACGACGACUAGCAAACAGCAAACCGUAUUUCAGAAAGGGACGGGCAAUUGAGGAUGGAAGCGCAACCGAGUCGAAACCUACUGGGAGUUCAAGAGGAGGCAGCCCAUCGGUAGGAGCUGGUAUUGGUGGACCGGGCCCGAUACGCACUCGCGACUCCAGAGCAGCGGCGGCAGCAGGUGCUGGUACAGGUCCGAGACCAGGAAGAGGAGGAAGACCGUUCCCCAGUGCAUCCCAAUUACCACCCGGUCCUAAAGAUUGGAUGCCUCCUUCCGACAAAUCUAUCAUGAGUCUAUUCGUUACCGGUGUCGAAGACGAUUUACCUGAGUACAAAAUUCGAGACUUUUUUAAGGAACACGGUAAGAUCAAGUCGUUGAUCUGUAGUCAUAUGUCACACUGCGCAUUCAUCAACUACGAGACACGAGAGGCCGCCGAGAAAGCAUCCGAGGCUUGCCAGGGCCGAGCGGUAAUUGCAGGCUGCCCGCUUCGAGUGCGCUGGAGUUUACCUAAGGCAAUCGGGACGAUGAAUAAGGAGGAAAGAGCCUCUAUGGCUCGCGAUGGUCGAUCGGCAUUUCCAGACCAACGACGAGGAAAUGGUGGUCCCAAAGCGAUCGGAGCACCACCGUCUCAGGGAGGACCAAGCCAGACCGGAACAGCACAGGAUAUUGAUAACAUGGCUAUGGUAGCACCGCCACCAGGGGCAGCAGACGUCAACUAUGCCAGCUUGGCUGGAGACUAA